AUGGUCAAACCUUUAACGUUCAAAGGCGACAAGCCAAAGAAGCGCAAGACCCGCACAACAGACAAUGACGGUCCAACUUCCAAAUCGCGCAAAACCGAACCCGAAGCCGAACCGGAAGACAGUCCAGACGACCAAAGCUGGGUCUCCGCCGAAGUACCAAGCGACAUCGCCGGCCCAGUAAUUCUAGUUCUGCCCUCAGACGACCCAACCUGCGUGGCCAGCGACGCGAACGGCCAAGUCUUCGCCAGCAAGAUCGAGAACCUCGUCGAGGGAGACCCGUCCACGGCGGAGCCACACGAUGUGCGACAGGUCUGGGUUGCGUCGCGGGUGGCAGGGACAGAGUCGUUUAGCUUCAAGGGACAUCAUGGGAAAUACCUCUCCUCAGACGCACACGGCUUGUUCACAGCAACCGCCGCAGCGGUCAGUCCCUACGAAUCCUUCCUAGCAAUCCCCUCCCCCGAAGUCUCGGGUACAUUCUCCCCUCCAAACGCACGGCGGCGACGGCGAGUCUUUCCUUUCGAUAAAGGAAAACACCAAAGCAACCGCCGGCGUUGA